GUGUUUCACAAAACCAGCCACCACGCAACUCAGGCUUCAUUCACUACGGAUUUGUUGAGUUGACUUGAUCCUCUGAGGGUUUUUUUUAAAUUCCUAAGCGAAUCUGCUUGUGUUUCCUUUGUCUUUUGGAAUCUGUGCAUGCGCAAAGCGGUUUUUUUUUGUAACCGUGCAGCCUCCAGGUGCGCGGACGAGCUCUUCUCGGUAAACUUUUUUUUUUCUUUUUUUUUUUCUCUCUUUUUGCACAACCUACCUGAGUUGUGUGUCCUCUCUGCACGUCUCCAUUCCUCUCCACCAUGGAUUUGGUUUGGAUUGUGGUCUUCGUUGUGAACGUCUGCGCUUGGUUUGCUUCAGCGGAGCGGCACAGCGUCUACUGGAACAGCACGAACCCAAAGUUUCUAUGGGACGACUAUGCUGUAGAGGUGAAGCUCAAUGACUACCUGGACAUCGUUUGCCCCCAUUACCCUCAGGGUGAGGUGCCGUUGCUGGAUGCCGAGCGAUAUGUGCUCUACAUGGUGGAGCGUGAGGACUACGAAUCCUGCAAGCCCCAGUCGUACGAUCAGAUGCGCUGGGAGUGUGGCCAUCCGUUUGCUCCUCACGCCCCUGAGAAGUUCUCGGAGAAGUUCCAGCGUUUUACUCCAUUUACUCUGGGAAAAGAGUUCCGCCAAGGAGAAAGCUACUAUUAUAUCUCCAAACCUUUGCACCACCAUGGACAAGAGUGCCUCAGGCUCAGGGUUGACGUCGUAGCUGCUGACGGCUCUCAAGAGGCCAGAGUGGCUAAAGGAGGCACUGGUGGGGCUGCAGUUGGAGCUGGGGGUGGGGUUCACAACCCGUCCAACAGACUGCCUGCAGAUGACCCAGUGGUAGUCGUGCCAAAAGUCCAGAAGAGCGUGGGGGCAAACUCUGCAGUGGCAGCUACAUCCCUCUCAAUCCUCUCAUUGCUAGUCCCAUUUUCAUUACUGCUAUUGUUGCACUGAGAGCACACGAAAGGACUGCUGUCGGCAGACUAUUUUUUUUUUUUCAGGGACUACAAUGAAGACAGUCCGUGGGGAUGAAACCACUGACUCAAAAAGACAGUUUUCCAUGCCCAGUGCUGGCCACAGGGAGAGAGACUUUUGAAGCUUGUAAAGCACAGAUGGACUCGCUUGCACUACAUGUGCUGAGUAACUCUGAGCAUUGGAGACAGAGUAUGCAUACUUUGUCUUAUUUUUCAAGAGGUGACAGUAUUUUUUUUUGUUUUUUUCCUUGAAAAGACCAAGCUCUCCUUGGUUGGUAAUUUUUAGGGCUCUCUCCAAAACAACAUGAACAUCUUUGGAUGAUAACCAUAGAAGAAAGAAGUUGAAGAGGGACCUAAAGUUGUCGAAGAACAAUCAAGAGCGAAGACACCAACUCUGAAUUCUAUAGAUACGUAUUUCCACAUUAAAUGAAAAAGUAAUCUCUUACCUUGAGCCAAAGAUCAGUCAUCUCUCCAACUUGUACACUAUUCCACCCUUGAGUAUUGUGUACUAUUUGUUGUAUUGUUAUCGUAAUGGUAUUGAGUGGCAUUGAUGUCCCAAGUGAUUACUUUCUCUAAAUGUAGCAUUUACAGACACAGGGGCUGUUUUCAUGACUACCAUUCCUGUUCACACUCGACCAUGUGCUUAUAUACUGUAGCACUAACACUGCACAGUACAGACACACCAACACACGAUCCACAGCCGUGUUACACACAGACGCACACACACUGAUAUCAGAUGAAAUAUAGUAACACAUGAAAACACACUACAUUGAACCGUGUUACAUGUACAUUCUGUGAAAAUAAUUUAUAACAUUUGCAGCUGAGAAGUUUUACUGUAUAUACCAUGUGCUCACGAAAAGAAAUGUUUACUGUUGGCAGUGGGGAGAGCUUCUUCUCGUCCUCCUGGUAGAGUUAGUACUUGUGUGAAAGGGAAAAAUGUGUGAGUUGAAGUGAGAGUAAGAAAAUGUGUGCAUGCAGUGGAGCAAUUGAUUGAAAGAGUGACCAGAUGAAAUGUUUUUCUGCCAAAAGCGAACACUGAGAUGUUGUGUGCGUCGCAGAGAGGCUGGACUUCUCUGUUUGUUUGAUCUUGCCCCUGUAUUGGUUAAACUGUCUGACAUGAAGAGCUGCAAUCAGAUCUUUAUUACAACAGGACCCCAGACCCUGUUUAUCAUGGUGCUUUUCUUCAUUCUUUCAAACUUAUUUGGAAAACAAGCAUAUAUUUAUAUAUGUAUAUAUACACCCAAACACAAAGUUAAUCAAUCAGCUGUUUAGAAUUUGAGAACAAUUACUGAGAACAACUUUGGGUAAUUUGAAUUGUAUAGUCACCAGUUCACUACAGAUAAGACACAGCAUCGAACCGAGUUGCCAAGCACAUCUUCACCUGACAGUCUGGCUCGAUCAACAAAGCACAACAGUGUGUGAUUACCAUUGAAGUCAGUCUUUUUUUAUCUGAAUUCUUACCUAAUUUUGUACAUGUGUAAGUAAGAGAAGUGUAUAAUAUGUGUGUGUGUGUAUAUAUAUAUAUAUAUAUAUAUAUACAUAGAAGAUUAUAUAAAGACCUGUUUGAUAAAUAUGCUAAAUGUGAAAAUUUCAUGUGAAAUAAAAAAAAGGAUAUUUUUGGAAAACCAGAA